UUGCUUCAGACCAUAGAGUGCCAUGUCUGCUAACUAAUAAACCAAAGUAACACACUGUCUAGAAUUUUGUGCAUAUGAUGCAUUUAACAUAAAAAAUGUAUCAUGCUUAGUGUAAUUGUUAGACAGAGGGAGGAAUAUUUUAUCACCUCUGACCAAUCUUUUUUUUUUUUUUUUUUCAGGGUGAAUUUACACGUAUCAUCACGUACCUAGCAAGUAUCAUCAGCGAUCAUGAUGGCUGUCAUCAGGUCACCGGGGGUCAAUGAGAGCUUUCCCCAUGAUGAGACCCUGCAAUACCUGCUCAUUCUGUGCUCCAAAGUAGCUCUGAACACGUUUGUCCUGUCUUUCUGGAGGCACAGCAUUCUCAAGUCCCUGCUGGGGCUCUGCAGCGUCUCCAUGUAUGUGGCAGAUGUGCUGCUGGUCAGUGCGGUCACUGGUGCGUGGCUCUUCAAAGAACACCUACCCACCUCCACUUCCAUGUGCUUCAUCCUGGCGCAUGGAUCGGCUGUCUACGCCCUGCUUCCUCUGCCCAUACUGAUCUGUGGGGCGCUUGACUACGCCAGCUACCCAAACCUAGACGUUAGGUCAAGCUCCUGGCGCAGGGCUGUAUGUUACUGCACUGUGGUUGUGCUUCUGUGGGCAUCUGCGUGCUGUUACACCUACAACUACACAGACACGCAACCUAUGGAGAUUUACAAAGACAACGCGAGAGUCCUGGUGUGCCGUGUUCACGGAUCUACUGUAGUGUUUCAAUUUAGUAUGCAAAUAUCCAUCGCAGUGGGUCUCAUACUUCUGUUUUAUUUUAAGACAACGACUGGUUGGAUCCGAAGAGCCAAUAAAUUGGCAGAGCUGAGAGACACAGCAUUUGCUUCAGAGAAAGAUCAAAUGUUAGCUUACAAUCAGGAGGGGGAAGCUGGAAGUUCUGAAAUUCAAGAAAGUUCCCCUCCUCUCUUUGUCAGUCUGACUCUAGGUUUCGCUUUGAACUGGAUACCCUACCUACUAAUGUGUGUGGUGUGUGCCUUUCUGGGCUUUGUGGUGCCAGCUUAUGCCAGUGUCAAUCUUCUGUGGAUGGCCUGUGCCAACAGUGUGCUGGUGGGCAUUGCUUUUUGGUUUAGGAGUGCUAGGACUGGACCUUUAAGAAAGUUCCCAGAUGACACUUGUUUGUGGAACAUCUACUGGCACUUGAGCAAAGGAACAACACCAACGGUGGACGCAAAGCUUACAAUGAGAACAUACAAAAUGUUUCACAAGCCUGCUGUGCCUUUUCAAGAGGUCUAGCCUAAACUAUUUGAAGACUUGCAACAUACAUUAAAAUUUACAUUUAUGCAUUUAGCAAACGCUUUUAUCCAAAGCGACUUACAUUGCAUUCAGGCUAACAAUUUUUCUCCUAACAUGUGUUCCCUGGGAUUCAAACCCCCGACCUUGCUAACGCAAUGCUCUACCACUUGAGCUACAGGAACACUAUCAAUCAUACACAGUACGAGUUCAAAUCUAACGCUCUGUUACAAACAUUGUGAGCUGCUUAGAUAGAAGUUGCAAUGAUACAAUGCCAUUCAAAAGUUUGGGAUC